AUCUUUCAGGUCUCUGGAGGAGGAAGAAGGCUGAUCCUUUAGUAUCUUCACUGUUUUGUUGAUCACUAAGAAUAACUGCGCUCACCGUGGGACUGGCCUGGACGAGCCACACAUUCCCACGACCCCUCCUCUACACACAGAGACAAAUCAAAACACAGGCUGCAGAGGCGCUCAGGCUGGGAGGACACAGAGAGACAUGCAGAGCGGCUUUGCACCACUUUUAGUAAGAUUGUUAUUUACUAUAAAAGCUUCAUUUCAGGCUCCGCAGUGCGCGCUGUUGCGCUGCACACUGGCCACACACAGUGUGAAACACGUCGUAAUGUGAGGAGGGAUACGGUGAAAGUCUGGAUUUAACACACGGAGUGGGAGGAAUAACGCAACUCAGGAUUUGUUUGUUUUUUUAUGAUGCCGAGGAGCCCGUUUCUGUUUCGGAUUUACGUCCAAAACAAGUCUGAAGCCAGAGGAUGACGGCAGCCGGUCCCGCCUGCAGCCCUGCCUCCUCCCACUCUUCCCAGUCAUCACCUGUGUGCCUCCCAGCAUGCCAAAGACACCUGAAGAAAGGUAAAGCCCUCCAGACCCAACUGCACCUGCGCUCUGCCCCGGGCGUGUGGCUCCUGUUGGGUGUGGUGGUGGUUUUGGUGGGGAUGGCGGUUGCGGUUGCGGGCUACGUAUCCGCAGCACCGAAGCCCGUGAUGACCGGCCGAGGCAGCACCCACAUUGAGAGGAUGAAGCUGGCCGGGCCCGUGGUCAUGGGAGUGGGCCUGUUCAUCUUCAUCUGCGCCGCCACGCUGCUGUAUGAGAACCGGGAUCUGGAAGUGCUUAGACGAGGGACGCCUGACGACCUUGAGGAUCUGAAGGGGGGAGACAGCUGGGAGGAUUCACAGGAGCAGCCCAGCUUCAGCUGUCAGGAGCAGUGGGAGGAUAAAGAUGGAGGGCAGUGGGCCGCUCCGACCCACACGCUCCCCCUCUCAAACCAGAACUGUGGGUCGCCUCCCAGGAACACACCCAACAUCAGCAGCAGGCCAUCACCGCCGCCUCCUUUGGAUGCAGGAGGUAGAGAUGAAGAGGAGGAGGAGGGAAGAUCAACGCUGCUGGCCCGAGUCCUGCACCACAAGGAGCCAACUCCUCACCCUCCCUCCCCCUGCCCCUCCAUCUCCCACUCCAUGGUCUACUCAGACUCUUGCAACUCCAGUGAAAUUAAUUUCAACAUACGGACAGGCCUUCCUCAACACUGAACUUCUACAGUCUCAUAAAAUAUGCAUGAUGAGAUUCAUUUGGAAGGUUCACGUGCAGACACUCACUUAAAACGAGACUAUGCAUUCCUUAAUAAACAGAUGAAAUGUUUGGUGGUAUGUUUUAGUGCCUCCGAGUGGCGCAGUGGCUCUGAGUCACUGUCUGUGAAGGGUGUUUUUGUCCUACAUCGUUCUCUGACUCACCCACGUUUGAAAGAUUCGGAGCUGUGCUUGUUUGAUGUCAACUCACCAUCCUGUUGUCUUUGAGCUCACCCAUGCCCCAAAUCCCCAAAAGCCAACUGCUUGUUUGACCAUAUUUGGACAUGAGGAUUGCUGAAAAUUUGGGUGCCGUACUGGGACACGGACCAACUCACUCACUCUCUCACACAUACACACACACACACACACACACACAUGCAGAGGUACAGUGUCUACGUUUCCUUGCUGGAGAGGUUUUGGUUAAGAGGAUGAGCCAGAUUAGGUCCUAAAUGAGUCUUUAUCUAAUCUCACACAUACUAUAAUCUACUCUUUAUCUGAGGAAAUUGUGUCUCGGUAUAAACAAGAGAAGCGCACAAGGCCACACUCCUCUCACUCGACACCUACAGCCACGCUAUAAAUACCAGCUGCUGCUCUGUACACAUGCAAGUUUCAGUGGUUUACUGUAAUUCAACUUUUCUUUUUUUAAUUCAGUGUCGGCUGCUCAGUUUUCUCCCUUUUUCUCGAGUGUGGUGAGGCGAGAUGUUAAAGAAUGUCAAUCAGAUGGUGGAUAGAAAGAAAAGAGCAAUGACAAAAUCUGGUGAGGCUGUUAUGAGUUAUUCCUGACGCAGUUUAACUGAGAAGCGGCCCUAUGAGUCGUGUAACUGAAGCCUCACUCUCCCACCAUCCCGACCUUUCAUCUCUUCUCACUUCAUCUGAUUCCUACGCUUUAUUCAAAUAGCCCAUCCUCCAGCUCUAUCCUUGGCUUCUGCAAAAUAGAGCAAAAACAAUGCAGAGUAAAAUGUUAUCGGGUCCAAUUAAGCAAAAGUCUAAGAGGUAAAUGGGGUAGGAUUUUAAUUAUCGCCAGCAUUUUCUCCCCCAGCCUCUAAUUACACAGGGGAUCAGUCUGAAGGUUUUUAUAGGUGCUUUAGGACUGCAGAGUAUUUCCUUGUUGUUCGGGCCCAUGCUGGGAUCCUGCCAUCCAGAUGACGACUGAGACCGAAGCGUACUGUAAUUUCCAGCAACACAUUUCACUAAAAACAGCACCCAUCUCACUCUUACACACACACACACACACACACACACACACACACACACACACACACACACACACACACACACACACAGACUCAGUAGAGGGUUUUGUGUAGGUACAUUAUGCUGGAUGUAUAAUACAGUAGCAGGUAUGAGAGAGAUGUGUCUGAAUCUUGCAACAAGAUGCAAACAGCCUUCUUCACACUUAUCGCUCAGAAAAAACCCAGCUCUCACUCCUCACUAUCACACAUACAUGAGUCCUUCGCACUGUGAGAGAUGCUCUGAUGUGUUUACAUUCGUGAGGGAACGAUGCUGGAUGUCAGGGCUGCAACCAAAGAUUAUUUCCGAUUAAUCUGCAGCUCAUUUUCUCAAUUAUCGUCAAAUCUUUUUGUCUACACUCAAUUUCUAGUUUAUUAGGUACACCUAGUUAAAACUAAUGCAAUCUUAUUCAACAGUCCUGCAGUAAAUCAUUCCUUUAUGAAGGUGAUAAUGUUCAGUUUUAUGUCUAAACUGUUUUAGAGAGGUGUUGAUGUAACUGUGUGGUCAUUUUGCAGGCUACAGUUGGUGGGGGUGUUUAUACUGGCAGUGUUUCCAUUAAUGUGUCCACUCCAUUUAUAUCAAUGAGGGUAGACUUAAUAGGAAUCCUCUGUAUAAUGCGAUAUAGUAACAGCACAACCAAAUUAAAAUGCCAUCACACGUCUUUAUAUUGCCUCAUAUUGAUUGUUCUGUCUGGACAACAAUCAAAAACAGUACACUUAAAAAAAAUAUAUAUAUAUAAGACAGAUAAAAAGUAACACAUCUUCAAAGUGUUGCUUUGAAAAUUCCCCAAAAGAUUAAUCAACUAACCAUUUCAGUAUAUAUACACCAUGUCGGUAGCAGGAAACAUUUUGUGCUCUUGUCUCUUGUAGUCUCCUGUCACAUAUAGUUUGAUUUACCAGGCAUCAAUCCUCUCAGAAUCUGACAUCAAACUACCAGAGGCCAUUUUAAUAUCUUUACACACGUGCAAACAGCACUGCAGCAACACAGAAUACAAGACAUCCUUGAGGGUUCACAUGUGUGAGUGCUUGUUCUAGUGUUACAUAACUCGGCAACAUUUUUUUUUUUUUUUGCUGCAUUGAGAAUAUAACUGAAUCAAAAUCCCCUCCUCUGAGAGAUUAAUGUGUUUGUGUAUUGAUACAUAUCUAAGCAGAUGGACCGUAGGCUGUAAGCUGCUUAACCCCGCGGUGACUCAGGACAAAUUUAAUUUCUUUGUUCCGUAAGAGAGAGAGAGGAGCGAUGAUCAAUAUAUUUUAUUCCUAUAAAAGAUGUGAGUGAGUGAUCGACAAGCCAGAAGUCAAUUAAAAUACUUUUUUGUUGACCUGUUGAAGCAGGAAGUGGGAUUCAGUUGAGGGGAAACACUGAAUCCCAAACAAACAAAUACACAUCACCAUGAAACUUCCCCAGUUGGUUACUUACUCUAAGACAAUUAUUUUAUGUAUUACAAGUGUUGUGAAAAUGUAUGUUUAAAUAUGCAAAUGAGGCAUUAUCUUAUGCUAAGUUUUGGUGUAUUAAAAUAAGUGUAUUUUGGAUGUUUUCUUUCCACUUGUCUGAAAGAAGAUGUGUUGUGGAAGAGAAAUAGCCCAAACUCUCAAAAUUGACCAGUGCAUGAAAAAACAAUGUUUUUGUCUGUAUUGUCUUUGUAAGAAAAGUGAGAAGACUCAGCUGGAUGGAGAAAUGUUUUCCACUAAGGUGGGGUUUUUAACCUUUGUCCACAUCUGGCAUUCAGUAUUUAAUAAAAAACUGAGGGCUGAGUUACCAGCUUGGUUUUAUAUGUAA